GGCCAGCGGCAGGCGGCCGGGGAGCAGAGUAGGGCCGGGCUGGGUGAGCGCACGGCCAUGGCCCCGUGGCUGCAGCUCUGCUCUGUCUUCUUCACAGUCAACGCCUGCCUCAACGGCUCCCAGCUGGCAGUGGCCGCAGGCGGCUCCAGCAGAACGCGGGGCGCCGACACCUGUGGCUGGAGGGGAGUGGGGCCGGCCGGCAGAAACAGCGGGCUGCAUAACAUCACCUUCAGAUAUGACAACUGCACCACUUACUUGAAUCCAGUGGGGAAGCACGUGAUCGCCGAUGCCCAGAACAUCACCAUCAGUCAGUAUGCUUGCCACGAUCAAGUGGCAGUCACCAUUCUUUGGUCCCCAGGAGCCCUCGGCAUCGAAUUCCUAAAAGGAUUUCGGGUAAUACUGGAGGAGCUGAAGUCAGAGGGAAGACAGUGCCAACAACUGAUUCUAAAGGACCCGAAGCAGCUCAACAGCAGCUUCAAACGAGCUGGAGUGGAAUCUCAACCUUUCCUGAAUAUGAAAUUUGAAACAGAUUACUUUGUAAAGAUUGUCCCUUUUCCUUCCAUUAAAAAUGAAAGCAAUUAUCACCCUUUCUUCUUCAGAACCCGCACCUGUGACCUGCUAUUGCAGCCAGACAACCUGGCCUGUAAACCCUUCUGGAAGCCUCGGAACCUCAACAUCACCCAGCACGGUUCAGACAUGCAGGUGUCCUUCGACCACGCACCCCAUGCCUUUGGCUUCCGUUUCUUCUAUCUCCAUUAUAAGCUCAAGCAUGAAGGACCCUUCAAGCGAAAGACCUGUAAACAGGAGCAAAAUACAGAGACAACCAGCUGCCUCCUUCAAAAUGUAUCUCCUGGGGAUUAUAUAAUUGAGCUGGUGGAUGACACUAAUAUGACAAGAAAAGUGAUGCAUUAUGCCUUAAAACCAGUGUAUUCCCAGUGGGCUGGGCCCAUCAGAGCUGUCGCCAUCACUGUGCCGCUGGUUGUCAUAUCGGCAUUUGCGACGCUUUUCACGGUGAUGUGCCGCAAGAAGCAGCAAGAAAAUAUAUAUUCACAUUUAGAUGAAGAGAGUUCUGAGUCCUCCACGUACAUCACAGCACUUCCCAGGGAGAGGCUCCGGCCACGGCCCAAGGUCUUCCUCUGCUAUUCCAGUAAAGAUGGCCAGAAUCACAUGAACGUCGUCCAGUGUUUUGCCUACUUCCUCCAGGACUUCUGUGGCUGUGAGGUCGCUCUGGACUUGUGGGAAGACUUCAGCCUCUGCAGAGAAGGGCAGAGAGAAUGGGUCAUCCAGAAGAUCCACGAGUCCCAGUUCAUCAUCGUGGUGUGUUCCAAAGGCAUGAAAUACUUCGUAGACAAGAAGAACUACAAGCACAAAGGAGGCGCCCGAGGCUCGGGGAAAGGGGAGCUCUUUCUGGUGGCGGUGUCUACCAUCGCUGAGAAGCUCCGCCAAGCCAAGCAGAGCUCAUCCACGGCGCUCAGCAAGUUCAUCGCCGUCUACUUCGAUUAUUCCUGCGAGGGAGACGUUCCCAGCGUCCUGGACCUGAGCACCAAGUACAAACUCAUGGACAACCUUCCCCAGCUCUGCUCCCACCUGCAUUCCCAGGACCUCAGCCCCCAGGAGCCGGGGCUGCACCCCGGACGCAUUAGCAGGAGGAACUACUUCCGGAGCAAAUCGGGCCGCUCCUUAUACGUUGCCAUUUGCAACAUGCACCAGUUUAUCGACGAGGAGCCUGACUGGUUUGAGAAGCAGUUCGUUCCCUUCCAUCUCCCCCCACUCCGCUACCGGGAACCGGUUCUGAAGAAGUUUGACUCAGGCUUGGUUUUAAACGAAGUCCUGUGCAAGCCAGGGCCGGAGAGCGACUUCUGUCUCAAGGCCGAGGCCGCUGGCUCCGGGGCGCCGGCCGACCUGCACUCUGAGGGCGCGCAGUUCGGCCCGGACGAAGACGUGGAGGCCGGGCCCGUUCCGGGCGCCAGCGCGGUCCUGCGGCCCCUGCUGCACGCGGUGAAAGCUGCCGGCCCCUCAGACAUGCCACGGGACUCAGGCAUCUACGACUCGUCCGUGCCUUCAUCCGAGUUGUCCCUGCCCCUGAUGGAAGGGCUCUCCACGGACCAAACGGAGACGUCUUCGCUGACGGAGAGCAUGUCGUCCUCAUCAGGCCUGGGUGAGGAGGACCCUCCCGCCCUUCCUUCCAAGUUCCUCGCCUCUGGGGCAUGCAAAGCAGAACCUGGUUGCUGCAGCUACACUGGUGAACUCCACGCGGUCGCUCCUUUGUAA